UCCUGUUAUUUGUGUCUGUUUGUUUGCGUGUCCCAGGGCCCCUUCAAAGAAACGUGUCGGAAGAGUUUCUUUGGGCUCAAGUCUUCGAGCUCCCAGGGCUGGCACCUCCAGAUUUUGCAAGCUGCCCAGAAAACUAGAGCCCUUCAACUCUGCCUUCGGCCACGCCCUGCUCGGCGAUGCCGUGCCAGCUUGUCCUGAGCGUGCGGGAGCGCGCCGUGCCAGGGCUCAACCGCGGCUGGCGCACCCCGGACCCCUCGCCCACGCGAGACCCUGACGAUGUGGCACGCUACGGUGUGGCCAGUUGGUCCAGCUAUGAAAUGACAGAGGCCUCUGAGAUCCUCGACGCGGACGCCUCCGACAUCAGCACCCACCAGGCCGAGCGCGCAGCAGGCACCGUCCACGCCUGUGAGAUCGUGGGGGCCGGCAAUCCCUCGGGCCAGGACUUCGACCGCCUGGACGUGGCUUGGGCGCGCUUCCGCACGCCGUCCCCUGAGGAUCGCACGCUGGCGCCGUGCGCGCCGCUGGCGUGGCCGCAGGGCAUUCCCUUCGGGCAGCAGGUGCUGGCCCCUGCCGGCCAGGCGGGGGCCGUCCCGGACACGCCCCACGCCCACAUCCGCAUGCCGUCCCUGGAGGCCCGCGCGUUGGCGCCGCGCGCGCCAUGGGCGUGGUCGCAGGGCGUGCCCGAGAAGCCCCAGCAGAUGCCGUUCGGGGAGCCCCGUGUGGAGCCGCCGCCGCCGCCGCCGCCGCUCCCGCCGGCGCAUGCGGCCGGCGCGGCGCUGCGCGGCCGCGCGGGUGUCCAAGAGCCCAAGACCGCCAUGGCGAAGCAGAGGUGCCCACCGCCGGAGCGCACGGGCAUGCCGCAGGAGCUCGGGGGGGUGCUCAGCGUCGGGUCCGUGGGCCACCCCUACGCGUGCGAGGCCGCCUGCAAGUUCGUGCGCAAGAGCCGCGGGUGCAAGCUCUGGGCGGACUGCAGCCGCUGCCACGCGUGCGUCUGGAACCGCUACGAGGCCAACCGGGCGGCAAGAAACGUGGGUGGCUGCCCGCCCUGUCCGGUGGUGCGUUGACAUCGCCGGUGCCUCGCAGAGGGGUGGGUGUGGGA